UGUAAAGGGACUGUAUAAUUGACGCGCAUGCUUUUAUUGUGAGCUUUAAUUCCUGUGGCGCUGUCGUAGAGACGUAGAGACGUUGAGGCAGAAAGAUGUUGCCGAUGUCGUGCUGGUCAAGGGUGGGUGUGUGCAUGGUCCUGUUGUGGUCAUUCGUGGCUCGGACAAAAGGUGUGGGUGUCGUCAUAGGUCCAGUCAACUGCCCACAACACCCGGCCGCCACCCGGCACUUCUACGACUCCACCACCAACAAGUGCUACCACUUCUUCGACGUAGACGACACCCUGGAGGAGGCUGUCAGUCGAUGUGAGGCGGAAGACACAAGAGUUGUCGAACUUGGGACAAAAGAAGAACAGAACUGGCUUGUUCGGGAAGUCUGUGGCAUUCGAGGGAUGGGCUGCCGUCCUCUCAUCCUAUGGAUUGGCCUGGUCCGAGAAUCCCCCGACACCUGGAACUGGUUCUACAAGAGCAACCGAUGGCUUGUGGUCUCGCCUCGAUGGAUACAUUCGCCUCUUUCCUCUUCUCCCGGAUACACGCGAGCAGUCACGGACCGUGACGGAAAGUGGCGAGCCGUGACGAGUGGACAAAAAGCCAAAGUUGUGUGUGAAGAAGUAACAGCAGGGGAUAUGCCGCCAACAUCACCUCCACCUCCCCCAACACCGCCUGCAACAUCGCCGCCCCCAACACAGCCCGCAACAUCGCCGCAAAAAAACAUGAAAACACCGAGCGCAUGCGCAAAAGUUGGGCGCGAAGCAGACGACAUCGCCAUCACGAACUUUGAGCAACUGUCCUCCAGCGUGCUGGUCGUUGAGAUGAACGUGACAAGAAGGAAAUCAAGGCUGGCGUGUGCUGUGGCCUGCUCCAGGAAACAACGUUGUGUGAUGUUCAAGAAGCAGCCGGGCAGUCGAGAGUCGUGUUACACGUACAGUCUGUCCAACACCGGGUCUCCUGCGGACUGUGCGGGCAGCCCGCCACCAUGUUACUGGAAGUCCUGCUGGCGUCCGGAGCUGUGACGCCCGUGUCAUCUCACUGGACCAUAUAUCAUGUACAACCCGUCCUGCUGGUGUCCGGAGCUGUGACGCCCGUGUCAUCUCAGGUCACGUACUACCUGUCCUGUUGGCGUCUGGAGCUGUGACGCCCGUGUCAUCUCACUGGACCAUAUAUCAUGUACAACCCGUCCUGCUGGUGUCCUGAGCUGUGACGCCCGUGUCAUCUCACUGGACCAUAUAUAAUGUACUACCUGUCCUGUUGGCGUCCGGAGUUGUGACGCCCGUGUCAUCUCAGGUCACGUACUACCUGUCCUGCUGGCGCCCGGAGUGUCCAGCUGGUAGACUGAAUGUGACAUUGCUGAAAUGACUAGCCGAUAGUAUUCAAUAUUUACCAGGAAUAUUUACAUCAUCAUUUAAAUUUACAAUAAAUUAGAGCUGACAUGUUGAUCUGUGACGCCCUUGUCAUCUCAUUACACUAUAUAUCGUGGCAUGUAGUACCUGUCCUUGGGUGGUGGGAUAACCAAACGUUCGGUGGUCACCCGGGACCGAUUCCCGACAUGGGUACAAUGUGCGAAGCUCAUUUCUGGUGUCCCCCGCAGUGGUGUUGCUGGAAUAUUGCUAAAAGCGGCGUAAAACCAUACUCGCUCACCCACUUCCUGGCCGAGAUCAUGUCAGAUGAUUUGUACCUGGUCACCUUCAAAUGGAAUGAACUCUACCACUGCUCAGCACAGAUUGGAACAAGU